AUGUCUCGCAUUCUUUUGAUACUUUUGGUGACUACACUCAUUUGCUUCGUCAGAGAAACGAACACUCAACAAACAGUUGACAAAAUCUGCAAACAGACAACAGACAUCAAAUUCUGCAAUGGUAUCUUUGCCAAGGCUACUUCCCCAAAUGUGAAAGAUCUCUUAAACGUGACAGUGACAGAAGCACAAAGAAUAUCGGAUGACUCAUAUUUCUUCAUCAGUUCGCUCCUUUUAAAUUCUGGAAACCAGAGACCCAGUGUAGAAAAGUGUGCUAAUGCUUACGCUUUUCUGAACUCAUUGUUCACGGAUGCUGUAUCUCUUUUUAACAGUGGACGGUAUGCUGAGAUCACCACACGCUUGGUUGAUGUUUCCAGUGCUGAUGAAAACUGUAAGACAGAUUUUAGUGUGCCCGGUUAUAAUAUCAAUCCGAUGAUUGAGAAAAAUAGAGAGUCAAAUGUUUUAGUGGCCUUGGAAAAAAUUCUUGGUCAUAUGGUUUCUUCAUAG